GAAUUUACGUUUCACAAAUCAACAUUUCCAAGACUCUUUGUUCACCAAGCGACAUUCAAGUCAUUUUCUUGUUCCCAGUCGAUGUAAAUCGCGUCGCGUGCUCAACUAGAGCAGUCGAAAUUACAUUUAACUAGUGAUCUUGAAAGAAACUACCCUUUUUAGAAACAUUUUAUGUUUUGAAAGUGAGAACUCGAAGUAUUAGUGACUGGAAAAAUGAAUUUUGAAUUCGUUUUGUAGAAAGCAAAAGGAGAAGAAGACGACACGGAACCACGUAAAACGCGAAGAGUCGAGGGUAGUAGGCACGAGGAAGGUCGUCCCGGAGGUACGAGCAGAAGAUGGCAUGCCCGGAAAGGCCGGCCACAGUGCUCACCGUCUCCCUCGUCUACCUUCUGGCACUCUUCGGUUCCUACUGUCAAAUGGCACCAGCUGUGGUUGGAGCCACCAAAGGCUGGGGCGUGGGAGAUAGUCUAAAGUACAAAUUGACGACGACCUUGCUCUUCAGCGAGGCUGCUCCCACGAAAUCCAGCGGGGACGUUGGCUUUAGAUUGACUGGUGAACUUGAUCUAGCAGCCGUUUGGAAGAAUCCUGACGACCACGCGAGCUUCUUGUUGAGAAUUCAGCUUGUAUCGCCGCAACUAUGGAUCAAAUCCCGAAGAGCUCCAGAGCCAGAAGGUUUCGUGGAACAUUCUUCCAGCAUAGGCAAGGUCGUCGAAAAGCCUGUAUUGAUCUUCUGGAGGAAAGGCGAAAUCCAAUCAGUCUUCAUGGACGCUUCGGAGAGCGUGUCUUCGGCAAAUCUGAAGCGCGGUCUGGCCAGUCUCUUUCAAAACGCAAUGUUCGGCGAAGGUGUUCAAGAACGAGACGCUUCCGGUCUCUGCAACGUAACGUAUCGUCAGCUUGAUACGAAAAUCGUGGAAAAACGGAAGACGUUUUGCGAACAAAACAGUCUGCCAGCCAGAAAACGACAUCCGAAUCCACUUUUCGACGUGAAAAUAACGAGCACACGCAAUGCCACUUACGAGCCCUUGGCUCAAUUUCUGCCAUACAAGGUCCGGGAGGAAGAGAGGCAUAAAAUGACACUGACUGCGAGGUCGGAUAUGGGAACCAUAGUCACGUCUGAGAGGACACUUGAGAUGAUUGAUGCUACGGAAGUGAAAAGCGUGCAAGCUGAUACCUUGAAACAAGCUGUGGCUGCAGUGUUACCUGGAGCCAGGGAAGUGAACAUUGAACUUCAAUUGGAACCGUCCAUCUGUCCAGACAGUGGCUGCCCAACGAUUGAAGGAACGAUCGAAGAAUAUCGCAGUGUCUUAGAGGCCAACUCCCUGGGCACCGGAAAGUCCGCUUCAGCGUUCCUGAAGCUGGUACCUCUAGUCAAAUCCGCUACAGGGGAAGAAUUGUUCAAGCUACUAAAAAGUCCGCGAUAUCGUCAAUUGAAACCACAAUUAUUAGACAUACUUGGUUCAGCAUCAACAUUACCAGGUCAUCAGGCAGCUAUGAAGAUCCUCAGACAGGAUGAAAUAGGAGACGACACUGAAAGAUACCUCUGGGCUCUGUCGUUGUCACCAACCCCGAACGCAAACGUCGCCAAGGACAUCCUGAAACGAUCAGAAGAAACGAUACCUAAUGACAAGGUAUCAGAAACUAUAGCCCUAACCGCAGCAGCGAUGGCUCGUCACCUGAAAUCACCAGCCGCCAUUGAGAAUGCGAGGCUCAGUUUAGAGCUAGGUCUAGAGAGUUGCACCGGAGAAGACUGCCAGCUGAAGUUCCUUCGAGCCCUGAGGAACCUCCGAAGUGAAGCCGCCAUCCCAACACUCCUGCGAUUCUCAACCAGCGAGAGCAGGGCUCUUAGUGUUGCAGCCUGGCGAGCACUGGCUGCCCUUCCAAAAGACUCCAUCACUGCCGAAGUGAAAGAUACAGCUAGACGGGUGUUCUACCAGAUGGGCGGACCUAAAAGGGACAGCAGUAUUAGAACUCUGGCACUGGACAUCAUUCUGGAGACCAAACCAUCAAAGAAGGAUGUGGAACACCUGGUGGAAUACUUAGCAGGCACAGAUCCAGCUUACGAGAUCCGAAAGUACCUCAAUGUUCGACUGGAACAGUUAUCCAAAAAGGACCCUCAAUUAAACAUGUACUUGAUGGAGACCUUAGAGACUGCGGGGAAGAACGUAGUAAACUAUAAUGUGUUCUCGCAAAAAGGUCUAAGUACUGCUUUCACUAGGGACUUCUUAAAAUCAGCAGACAGUAACGGAUCCUUGGUGACUGUCCAAGAGAUCAAUUCAGGACUGCUGAAACGUGGGGUAGUCGACGUAGUUCUUGAAGUAGAUAGACACGAAGAGGCUCUCUUUUCUCUUGGACUGUUUGCUGGUGGUCUAGGAAGCUUUGUUUCAAGCAGUAGCCAGGAAGAAGACACUCAGGAUGAUGAACCAACUACUGCAGGCAUGGAGAUAGACUAUCUGGGUGUAGGCAUUAGGCCUUUCGUUUUUUUCUCGGGUCAGGGAGAAUUGAUGGGUCAUGUAUGGUCCGGUACUGCCUCUGAACGAACUCCAGCCUUCCAGGCACUGACUUCUGUACACAGUCACAAUGAAUACAUUCCAUUGACCUCUGGACUGGUGGCUGAGGUUGAUGUCCAGGGCGCAGUCAGCUUCGAUCUGGCUGGGCAGAUUCAACUGAGUCUUUGGUCCAGGAAUGCACAGUCCUUGGUGGAUCUGAAGGCUGGUGUGGUGAUUCAGGGUGGAACAAAGGUGCGGUCGGACUUUGUACAAAGUAUGGCAGAAUUCUCGAUGACGAUGGAGCCGAAGUUAGAAUUGGCCACUGAUGUGGACUUCUCUGGACCGGUGUCAUUGUGCAUGAGACUCAGUCAACCAGCGAAUACCGUCAAGUACCAGGUGUAUAAGGUCGAAAGAGUGGCUGGAAGCAGGCAUAAAUUGAGAAAGACUAGGAGGAUGAGGCUGCACAGUCCAGGCAGGUCUUACCUGUUGAACAGGAAGAACAACGAAAUGUGUUCCAAGGUGUUUAGUUAAUUACUGAAGACUGUUCGUAUUGUGAAUCUGAAGAAGUGUAUGAAGACAGUUAUUGAAAAUGUUCUUUUUUUU